GGAAGUGUUAGUGCUCUUCCUGUGUUAUUAUCACUACACACUGAUGUAGCCAGUUAGUAAACGAUAGCUUAAACAUUUAAAAGCAGCUCGGGCUGAAUCGUGCCAUUAUAAAAAUAACGCAAACUAACGCGGGGAAAUCCUAAUGGUGACAACAUGAAGAUGAGAUCUGCAAAGAAGAAGUCUUUGCUACGCAAGGCAAAGACCGACGAGCGACAACACGACGUGGUCACAGUUAAAACUGAAAAUGAAUUAGAGCUGAAAGGCGAGGUAGAGGAAAGCGCCAAUGAAGUUGACACUAACGGGGAUGGUCUUGGCGUCCAAAUCAAAGAGGAGCCACAUGCACGGGAGAUAAGUGAGGAGCACAAUGGCGACACAUCAAGCUGUUUAGACACUAAGCCGGACACUGUCACAUCCAAGUUAGAUGUUCACCAUCAGCAGGGACACGUAAAGGACGAGUGCGACUCUGACCACCAGCCAGAGUAUGAAUCCACUGGAGCUGCUGUCAAGGAGGAGUCUGAGUCGUGGAUUAAAGAGGACAGAGACAGUGAAGAAGGGGCAGAGGCUGCAGGCAACACCCAGGAAGAUUAUGGGGAGGGAGAGGAGGUCUGCACAGAGUCGUCGUCUGAGUUCUUUCCCUGUCCUCACUGCACUGUCUCCUUCACUCACUUGGACUUCUUGGAGAAGCACGUGAAGUGGGUCCAUCAGAAACAGUAUCUUGACAAACUGAAAAAAUGCCUCUCAAGCUGCACACUAAACCUCAUUCCCAAACACACCUGCACUGUCUGCAACAGCACCUUUAACUCCAAAGUACACCUGAGGGUACAUGUACGUGAAGCCCAUCCUUCUGCCCCUCCUCGCAGGCUCCACCCCUGCCCAACCUGUGCACGCAGCUUCCAGUACCUGAAGAAUUUGAAGAAUCACUGUCAGCGCUGGCACAACAUGUCUGUGGUUACCAGAGGAGGGCAUCUCAGCUGCGCUGACUGUGGGAAGAGUUUCAAAGCUACCUGGGGUCAAGGGCCUCAUUUGUGUCAUGAACCAGAUAACACAGAAUCUGAGGAUAAGCCAAUCUGUCUGGACACUGGUGUGCAGUGUCCAGAAUGUGGCAAGAAGGUGCGCACACCUCAAAGCCUGGAGGAUCACAUGCGCACCCACACAGGUGAUCGACCAUUUGUCUGCAAAGAUUGUGGCAGGAGGUUCGUGGAGCGCAGUGGUUGGCGGCAACACAUGAAAAUACACACAGGGGAGAAGCCGUACAAAUGUCAGGUGUGUGGGAAAGCAUUUUUAAGAUCACACCACCUCAAGUGCCAUUUAACAACACACUCUGGCAAGAAGGAAUAUUCUUGUUCUGAAUGUGGAAAGGAGUUUGGAUUCAAGUCAAGUCUGGAUCUCCACCUGAGGACGCAUUCCAGUGACAGACCCUUCCACUGCAAUGUGUGCGGAAAGAACUUUAACACCCAGAGAAAUCUGAGGGUUCACACUAAACUCCACACCAAUGAGAAAGCUCACCAGUGCGGGGACUGCGGGCUGAAGAUUGGAGAUCUCGGGGCUUUGAAAAUACACCUUCGGACACACACCGGAGAAAGGCCUUACCACUGCACAGUCUGCGGAAAUAGGUUCAUUCGCCUUGCACAUUUGCGAAACCACCAGCGCACCCAUACUGGUGAAAGACCUUAUAAAUGCACUGAAUGCGACAAGAGUUUCACUCAGUCCGGCGACCUGGUGAAGCAUAAGCGGAUACACUCUGGUGAAAAGCCCUUUGAAUGUCCAGACUGCCACCGCCGUUACACUUCCUCUGGUGAUCUGGGCAAGCACAGGAGGAGUCACACUAACCUGCGUCCCUACACAUGUCAAGAAUGUGGGAAAAGCUUUCGCUUGUCAGGCCAUUUGAAAACUCACAUGCUAACUCACACAGGGGAGAAGCCAUAUUCUUGCCCCAACUGCCUCCGCAGGUUUGCUCGGUCUCACCAUCUUUCUGGGCAUGUGGCUAAAUGUCGCUGAGCCUUUUUGAGAAGACUGUAAAUAAACUAGCCCUGAGUUAACAUUGUAAUCAUGGGAGCUGUAUACAGCCCACUACUAGAUUUUGUGUAAACUCAUAUUUGUAGGUAAUUAUUUAUAUGAACUUUCUGUAACCCUCUUGACUCAGAUGACUGUUUUAACUUAUUAAAACCCAUGACUCAU